AUGUUGGAGCAGUUUGAGCACAAAUGUUGGAGCAGUUUGAGCACAAAUGUUGGAGCAGUUGGAGCACAAAUGUUGAAGCAGUUUGAGCACAAAUAUCCAAUAGGAAGCCUCGGGAGCCACGUCAGUGUUCAGCUCGGAGACAUUAUGGGAUGCAGCGUUUCUGUUCAGCCACAGGAUGAGGCGAAGGAUCUUGAACCAGAAAUCGAGGCAUUGGAGGUUCCAUGGAUUGAACCAAACUAUCCUCCGCCUAAUCCCCCCAAAACAAGAUCCUCGGCGGUGUUUGCCAUAGAAGACUUUGCUGAUAUAGAUGAACGUGCAAGACAUUGUCCAGCAGCUAAGGCGGAGUCGUAUGAUUCAUUGCUCACCUACCUCACCCGGGGCUUGAUAACUGAUAUGGAGAAGCUACGCUCCAUCUUCACUUGGCUUGGGUCUCAAAAUAUAGCAGAAGGAUCUUUCAAAUCACAGGGUGUGAAUACUCCGGCUGGCUACAUGAAACUGAUGAAGGAGAAGAGGGGAAGCUAUUCUGCCUUCUUAGCCCUCCUACUCAGGAAAGUCAACAUACCUUGUGUGAUAGUGUAUGGCAUAUCAAAGAGCUUCGACUAUGACGUCGGCGACCGCGACAUCUACCACCUGAGGAAUUGUUGGAAUACUGUAUAUGUGGACGGACACUGGCGCCUCAUCCAUCCACUAUGGUCCUUCAGGAAAGUGACUGGAUUCAACAGGGGACGAUGGCAAACCAUCCGGCAAGAUAAGGACAAGGGAGCGAAUGUAGACGAACGGAAAGAGUUAGAAGGAACAGACAUCUUUUCCCAGGACGAGUUCUUCUUCCUUGUUGAACCAAGCGUCUUCAUACACAUGUGUCGACCAGCUGCAGACAUGGCUGCAUGGCAGUUGUUGAAACAGCCAUGGUCUUUUGAGGACUUUAUCCAUGCGCCUGUGCUCAGACAAAAGUUCUUUCAAUACAAAUUAGCCUUGACCAGCCAGCCCUCGUGCAUUCUCCAUGCCGACGAGAAUGGAAUAGUGCUGAUAGCUUUCGAAGAUUUAGAAGAGCCCGAGAUGUCGUUUGCCCAUCAGCUUUUCUUUGAUGACCGUGCAUCAUUUAAUAAACUGCCCGCUGAUAUCAAACUUGAGAGGUAUGCGUAUGUGAGUAGAAAACAGUCAAACGUCACUGUCAAAGUCCGGCUGCCGGUCGGAGGUAUAUACAAACUUAGAAUCUAUGGUGGUGUCGGUGACAUGUACCAUCUGUGUGACUUUCGGCUGGAAUCGGAAACACCAAAUCAGCCCUCGAAACCAUUUCCGUUUUCAAAGCGUCUUGUGUAUGGGUUCACAAAAAACACGCGACAGCGUGGGUUAGAUUAUCCAUCGGAGUUCGGAGGCGUGAUUAGGCUUCAAGCAGGACAAGGCAAAAUCUUCACUUUCGCCUAUAUGGAAGAGCUGGACAUUCAGGCUGUAUUUGAACACUACAAGCACACGAGGGAUGACCUGAAGAAAUGUAUUGCCGUAAAGAGGAAAGAAGGGUACUUCAACAUUUACGUAAAUGUUCCAGCCAGUGACGAGAUAGAGGAGUAUUCCCUGCAGAUCUACACUAGGCCCAAAGGGUCAAAUGGACAGUAUGUGAAUGCAGUCAACUAUCUUCUCGUUAUGGCCAGAAGGCCUGAAGAACCAAAGGUCAAAGUCAGAAAAGUUGAAAAAUAUUAUGAGAUGGAAGCCCGAAGAAAUCUCAAAACGGCCAUAGAGAGGUCCAAUAUAGGGGAGUUGGACAAUGCAAUUCAGAGAGUCCAGCGUCUGAGGAUGGAAAGCGAAGAUGAUUUGAUUGAGGCCAAACGGAAGCGGGAACUACUCAUUCUUGAGAGAGAUCUGAGACUUGCGAUUGCUCGACGACGACCUGACUUCCUGGACAGAGUGCUAGACCGUGCAGCACGCGUGGAAGGUGACAACCACCUGGACUACCUUGUGAAGGAAGCGUGCGAGAUCAGGGAGCAGCUCCGACGACUGACCACCUUCCUGCACGACGUGUUGGAAAUCCACCAGCCAACCAUCUCCGAAAUGCACAACUACAAGAGACCAAAGGAGGUGAUCCACAACAUCAUGGUGGCCACAUACCUUUUGCUCGGUGAAGACGAGGAAGACUUGUUGAGAUGGGACUAUGUACAACAUCUGAUGAGGAAGGUUGGACGUAACAGUCUGAUCAGUCGUCUCCGUAAGUUCGACGUUGUCAGUGUCCAGCUGGACAUCGUGGACAAAGUGCAGUCUAUCAUAGACAUGUAUGACGAGGACACGGUGAGGCAGGCCAGCUCUGGAGCCGGGACCUUCUACGUGUGGUGCCAAAACAUCGUGGUUGAGUUGACUGUAUCCCUCCACAACGAGGUACAGAAGUACCGAGCCAGACGUGGAUGA